GAACGUAGUAUACAUUAUUCUGUAUUAAGAAACUAGUUGGAGUUUUCUUGUAACGGCUACGACGGAACAAUUAUGAAUGCUUUGUGCUAGUUUUCCUUAUCGUCUUGCUUUUUUUUGAAGUACCGAAUCCUUAUCGAAGUGAAUAUACAAUUUGAAUAAAAAUGCAUUUGAUCAUCACAUAAUGGAUUUACGCAGUGAUAAGGCUCUGUCCCCAUUAGGGAACUGUUAAAUGCCACGAAAGGACCAGUAGCUACCGGACAAUUAAUAGACAUUUUUGACAAAGGCUAUGACGGUCCGUGAUAAUAGUAAUGAAAGAUCUCAUAUGGGCGUGAUACAGACAGAACGGAGAAUGAACGGCUAUUUACCAGAUUACGACGACGCUGACGGGGAAUACAAAGGUGGUGGACCGGCACGGGUUUGGUUUGAGGAUGGUCGAGAGAUACAGGUGGUUCUUGUUGCUGGCGUUAAUCCAAGAGUGUUUUGUGCAAUUUGUGAAUGUUUACCUCAGCGAGCGAACCUGAUGCGGUGUGGAAACAUCCUCUGUGAUCGAUGUGUGGGUCGUUAUACGUUUCUCAUGGAGCGGCCGUGCCCAUGUGGACGAGGGGGAACCUGGGAUUGCGGUAACCCCUUUCGAUAUCGUCUCGAAGACCGCCAGCUGAACGAGCUAAUGGUCGAGUGUCCUAAUCUUUCAGAAGGAUGCGAGGUUUUUGUCCCUCUGAUGGAUUUAGACAGACAUCUAGAGGAGUGCACUAAAGGACCGGUCUCCGUGCCUGCCACCUAUGACCGACAACUCUUUGAGUGUGUUGUAAGUAUGGUUGAGAACGUUUGCCUGGCUUUGAAUGUAGGAUUGGAACGGGAUAUGGAAACGACUGAGGAACAGAUCGCGGCGUUUAUAGACGCUCCUUUACAUAAACCGCCGGCAUCCAUCUUUCAAGAACCUACAAUGGUCCUUACUGAAGUUUGUAGUGUUGCACCUGAUAAUAUUGAUGAUAUAAACGCCUCUGGAAAAGUGACACAAACUGCAGCAGAACCACAAGGUACUGCUAAUAUUUUUCGUAAGGGAAAAAUUUUGAAGAAAGAAAAGCGCGUGGUAAAAACGCCAGUAAGUACCAGUACAGUUCGUAAAAUAUCUAAAUCUUCUCCACAAGGACAUGCUCCUAGACUGAAGGAGCUUGAGGUUCUUUACACGGACGAAGGUGUACUAAAACUCCUUGAGUCAGGAGUCACCGGCAGGACAAGGGGAUCAAGAAGGAUCGCUGAGGAUGGUCUUGGUCCACUUCCACCAAAGACACCUAUUUUUACUGAACAAAAAACACCUGCCCCUUCUCUACAAAAGACAACAAUUGUAGUUGAUUCAGUUCCUGCUGCUUCAAAGGGCAAUAUAAUCGAGUCUCAGUUGGAGACGAAAGACUUAGCCCCUCAGGUUGUUAUUGAGCGGAUAAGUCCCAGCGUUUCUCUAUCAGAAACAACUCCGCGACUGGCGAAACGCGAAACUGAUAAGAGAAUCUCGCGUGAGUUACAAGCGCUGCUAGCGGCACAAGAAGAAGCGGGUGAUGCUUUAAUCAAGCCUGAGCACCCAACGAGAAGGGAUAAAUCGGAGACUCCAGUUUCCUCCGAGGAUAAGAACAGAUCAAUAUCGCCGGAGGCGCGAAAAUCCAAACUAAAUGCGCGAAAAUCUACUGGGAUCAGACGCAUAAAUAAAUCUCAGCCAGAUGCAGACGACUCAGAUGAGCAGGAUAACCAGCUUGCAUUGCAGAAAUCAAACGCAAAACUAUCUCAGCAAAAGAGGGGGCGAAGUCGAAGCCGGGGACGCAGCAAUCUUUUAAUGAAGACCUCAGACGGAACGAAUCAAAAUUCUAACCAAAGUAAAACCACUGAAUCACUUGAUGUGCCACGGAUACCGGACAAAGUGAAAGUUGUGCAGCGUAUGCAAAAUUGUAGUCAGACAUCUUCAGUUCAAACUUUACGAAAGGAAAACGAACCAGACGUCGAACCAAAAACAAACAAGCCGUCAAAAUCUUCUCUUAUGAAAAAUUUGUGUUCCACAGCUAUAGAACCGGUCGACAAUGAGGCAGUAAUCCCUCAGCAAACGGAGGAACCAUCUAAGGAGAAAACUAAGAGAAAAUCUGCCAUGAUUGCAGCAGUGCAACCUAAAAGCAAUGAAGGUGGCACUUUUGUUUCUCCACAUUCGAAUGAAAACACAGAUAAUGAAGUUGUUCGACGAAGAACCCGAAGUCGCUUCCGCGCCCGGUCCAAACCAAAGAUACCACUCGAAGCCGACAGCCAAAUUCAUCUGAAGUCUACGGCACCAACCACAAGGAGUCGCAGUAGACCCAGAGUGGCUAAAAUGUCCGUCGAACAAGAGUCUUCUAAUAACGAAGACAUCGUUGCAGAUUCUAAAACUUUACAGAAAGGAUCUAUAGAGGUACAGAAAAAGGAAGACAGUGAAGAAUUGCAUUCGAAUGCGGAUGGUGUUUCUUCAUCGUUGACAAACGUCACCCCAAGGCCUACUACUGAUGAAGUCUUGCCAGGCGGCCUCGAUAUGCCUCCAACUGACAAGGCACAACAACACGCAGAGUUGACUGGUGCUGUUUUUAAGGUGCCGGUCAAACCGUCUCUUGAGACAAGUGUCGCAGACGCAAACUCUCAAGUUAAAAACCAGUCUCAAGAAGAAGUUAAGUCACAAAGCGUUCCAGCGCUUGAGCCCACUGCUUCGAAAGUUGAGGAAAAUCAGUUCGAGCCUCUCAUGAUUCCUUCUUUGAGGCGGCCUUCUAUAGAGAACGACAUUAAUAACGGCAGUAGUAAAUCAGAUUCUAAGGACAUGUUUAAAUCGAGCGGAACAGUCCGCGACCCCCGCAAGGAUAGCCAGAGUGUCGCCAAGUCCGACGUUAAGAUUCUGCAGAGUUCUGAUAAUUCCAAAUCACAAGUGGCGUGUCAAAGUGACGUUGCUGGAAGCGUAGCCGCAACGACCUCCGCAAACUCCGCCAUCUCACAAAAGGAAGUUCAGGAACCGCGACAACGAAAAGACGCGAGCAGUCGGCCGACUACAACAAGAAGAAACAAUACUGAACGUCCGAAAGCAAAUAUAUUUAAAAUUCCUAAGAGGUAUUCUACGGAUGUGCCGCAAGAACUGGGAUCACCUAUAGCUGUAAUUGGGGGAUCCAGUUCAGAUACUUUGAGCUGGCAGGUUCAAGGUAGCUUGCUGCGGAGGAGGACACAGAAUAAAGAAAGUGCCGGCGACAUCACAGAUGAGCCCAAAAGAAAGCGAGACAAAACAGCUCGAUGGAACUCACCGACAAGCACAGACAGUAGCGGGAGUCGAGCAUCUCGUAAAGAAGACAGCUCCUGUUGGUCGUCACACGGAACAAGAACUGAUCCAGUUAAUUUAAAAAAAUUCGUGCCACAGGAUUCAGACGGCCAGUAUCCUGCCAAAAUUUCUCUUCAUGCUAAAAGCGAUUCGCGAGAGCCGACCGAACCUCUCUCCAGUAAUGACAAACUUUGCGAGAGGAAGAGGUCACAUUCACCACGCUCAAAAGGGACACCCCACCGUAGCCCCUCAAGUGGGCGUUACUUAAGGACUCAGAGUCGUCAUCGAAGUCGGUCUAGACCACGCGACGACCCUCGAGCAAGAAGCAGCAGUUAUUACCGCGGUGAGCGGCAUUAUGGCCCACGACGAAACUAUGACGAGCGUACACCGCUCAUCCGUUACGCUCAUAAUGACGGCGCAUCUGGCAGUCGCGAUUACAGCGACACGCAAGUAGCUUAUAGUAGUGACAAGCAAGAACACGCAUUAAUGCGCGAUCGUAAGAGAUUCGCGUAUAUCGAAGCGGUGCAGCGACUUGGCCCAAAUUCGGUUGACAAUAAAAUCUGUGAUUUACCCGCACAAAUGGCACACCACCAACCGGAUCAAAGCCGUCCACAUGAUACUUUAUGUCGCGAGAUUCCUGUUGAGCCCUUAAUGGUUAUAAAGCUACCACAACGUAAACCCUCAGAGCGUCCUGUUCGAUCCGUCGUUGAACUUCCUCGUCCUAUGUUUGUGCCAGAUGGACAGGAAGUAAAAGGGGUUGUUGAAAGGGAAUCUAUACGGGAUAUACCAGAGUCUCGAGAUAAGUCCGCUGUUGAGCGUCGUAUCUCAAAUAGAGAUCCACGUUUCAAUAGGCGAGGUGGACAUCCUGCUGAAGCUGCCGUAGCGCGUCCUAGUGCCGGUAGCACUAGCUCUCUUGGACCCUUAACUAUGAGUCUCGAUGAAAUGACCAAUGCAAUUGAAACGGCACUACUUCAGCUUGGGCGGCACAGAGGAGAUAAUUCGUUAUAUGAGCAAUUUACACGCGAUUAUGGCAACUGUCGAAAUCAGGAGGAGCAGCGCGUUAUUGCAUCACGAUAUUGGGCGGUUUACGCGGCCGGAGUACAUCGAUACGGUCAGGAUACGGGCGGAUUCUCUGCUGGCUGUCAUAUGGUGCCAGGAAUCCAGCAAGAUCCAGCUGGAAUACCGUAUGUAUCUGAACAAACUGGAAAACUACCACAGGCAUCCAACUUUGUUACCCAGCCGUACGGUGCUGCAGGGCUUCAUAAGAAUUUACUGCAACCACAUUAUAUGGGUCAACAUCAGCGUCUUCCGGUUGAUUCAAAUACACCAGCUCAACAAAUGCAUUCACAAUACGUGCAGAGUCAAUAUAUUGACCCAUUUCCGACGGGACCUAACUCGUAUCAGCCUCUUGCUGUUCAAGGCCGACCUGGAGACACGAGAGCACCUUUAUUCAUUAUGGAUGAUGAUGGUUCGCGAUUUUCGGACGAUGAAGAAAAAGACUGUCAAUCGCGCCGUUCUCUUGGCAGAAGACGCAGCAGAAGUAGAGGCUCUAACUCAAGGUGGAGAGGAGUUGGCAGUGCAGGCUUCCGACCAGACGUCGACCGCAGAUCAAGAUAUUAGAUAUCCUUUUCUCGUCAGUUAACACUAUUUUGUAAAAAUCUUGGUUGAAACGAAACCAAUUAAAUAUUUAAGAAAAAAAAACGUAUUUUUAUUUUAUUCUAUUGUAAGGUAGUUAUCUUCUUCACAUUUUAAAGACAUUGGUGGUUCAACGAUCGACAUACAGCUGGAAUCUUGCAUUGAAUGAAAACAACAUUCGAUAGCUUCUGUUAAUUUUUCUCAGUUACCAUUAGGUAAUGCCAGUAAACAUAUCAGUGGUAUUUGCGCUUGUAGAUAGGAAGAAAUUAUUUAUGAUUUUAGGACUUCAACUAAGUGUAGGCAAUCGUUCUUUCUCAGACGGCGCUUAGAACGUAAGGGAUAUUUACCACGGCGUUGAAAUAAAUAGAGAACGGAGGAUUCUCACUAGUUUACAGAUCAUAAUCCAAAGUGGAUAUCUCAUGUAUGUUAUAUAU